UCUAUCUCUGUCGAGUAAAUAAAAUCCUUUAAAAAAAAAAAAAGAGAGAAAAAUGGGGAAAGGACUUGAGCAGACAGACAUUCCUCCAAAGCCCAUGUACAAAUGGCCAAGAGGCACACGAAAAGCUGCCAUUAGGGACGUGCAAAUCACAACCACCGUGAGGGCCGCCUGGGUGGCUCAGUCGGUUGAACGUUUGGACUCUGGACCUGGGCCCAGGUCAUGCAUGACCUCAGGGUUGUCAGAGCGAGCCCCUCCUCAGGCUCCAGGGCGGGCUGGGCGCUGGGCUCGGAGCCUGCUUAAGAUUCUCUCUCCCCCUCUGCCCCUCCCCUCCCCCCUCCCCCAAAAGAAAACAAAAAGUCACGUGAGAUAGCACUUCACACCCAGUGGGACGGCUAUUCUAGGCCCAAGGAAGACAAAGCCAGUGGAAAAUGACGAGUCUGGGCGAGGACGUGGAAGACGUGGGACCGUCGCACACUGCUGCUGGGAUCGGAAAGUGGUCCAGCUGCUGUGGGAAUCAGUUGGGCAGCUCCUCAGUAAGUUAAACACAGAAUGACCGUAUGACCCCGCAGUCCCAGUCCUAGGUGUACGCCCGAAGGAAUUGGGAACCGGUGCUCAAACAGAACCCUGCACGGGAGCACCCACCGCGGCGCACUCCCCAUCGGCCCCAAGGUGGAAAUCACCGAAACGCCUGCCCACUGAUGAACGGGCUACGCAACACGAGGUCUGUCCAUGCAGUGGACUACCGUUCAGCCAUCAAAGGACAUGAAGUCCCGAUUCAUGCUACCACGUGGAGGGACCCUAAUGAAAACGUGGGUGCUAAGCGAAAGCAGCCAGACACAAAAAGCCACCUAUUCGUCUUAUGAUCCCAUCUCUAGGCCCAGGCUCUCCGCAGAGGCCAAUGCGGAAGCAGUGACCUCACCGGAUAUACGUGUCACAAAGUGUGCACCCCAGUGAAGGGGGUUGGUCCGUGGUCGCUUGGAUACGACGUAGGCGCCCCGAGUACCCGCUGCUUUAAGAAGCUGGGACCCGCUGGCGCACCGCACCACACCCGCUCCGCACCCACACCGCACCCGCACCGCACCGCGAGCUAGGCCCGUCGGAGAAAGCGCAGCCAAGGUCCAGCAUGCCGGGGGACAGAAGCCGUCGAGGGUCGUCCAGUGGCCAGAGGCGGACCCGCUCCCGCACUGCCCGAGCCGAGCUGUCGUUCUCUGUGAGCCACGUGGAGCGCCUCCUGCGGGAGGGCCACUACGCCCAGCGCCUGGGCUCGUCCGCGCCGGUCUUCCUAGCAGCAGUCAUCCAGUACCUGACGGCCAAAGUCCUGGAGCUGGCGGGCAACGAGGCCCAGAACAGCGGCGGGAGGCGCAUCACCCCGCAGCUCGUGGACAUGGCAGUCCACAACCACGCGCUGCUCAGCGGCUUCUUCGGGACCACGACCAUCUCCCAGGUGGCCCCGGCCUGGAACUAGCUGCCCGACGACGCGACCUGGGUGGCCGGGCCUCGGCCGGCCGGCCAUCAGGCACCAGCCAGGCCUGCUCGCAGCUGGGGCGGCCCCGGCCUGGCUGGUGCCUUGGGCAGAGUCCUAGACGGUCAAGAAAAAUGGGUCAAGAAACCCACGUGUCAAAGCAAUAAAAAAAGAAAGAAGCCCCGUGUGUGUGUGCU